AUGGUACCCAGCAAGAAGCGAUGCGAAACAUGCAACAAGUACUUCAAUACCCAUUCAUGGUCCAAACACACUCAGAAAUGUCGGAGAUGCAAUAUAUGCAACGAUUUCUGCAGUGCCAAAAAGUCCCUGUUCAACGCUCAUCAAGCGCUCUGUGGCAGAGAUAUCGGGAGGGGAAAGCAUCCUUGCCGAAAGUGCGGACAAGCCUUUAAAAGAAGAUGCAAUCGUGACAGACACGAGAAAAUAUGUCUUCCCUGUAAAGACUGCGGUGAGUGGGUAACGCCCGGUCCGACGAGUAGGGCAAUCUAUCGCAUCAAUUGCCAGUCUAGGCUUCCACGCCAGAGUUCCGAGUCGCAGCCUCUCAAUCAACUUGAGGCCCAGGCCCAAUCCCAGGGGCAAAUUUACUCUCAGAUUGUACCUCCAGUGCCGGCUCCAGCUGGCGAUCUUAUCCAAUCUUAUAGAUCUAAGGCUGAGGAUGCUGUUUCACGUAUGAUGGCAAUGAUCGAUGCCAGAAAGAAUGCGAAAUCUGGUACACGCGAAAGCGAGGAUUACAAGAGCUUGCAUAAGUACUGUAGAGGAGUUAGUGUUGGGCGGACCAUGUCUGCUUCAGAUUACAUGGAUCUUAGUCAAAGCACAAAGCCUCAGGAUAGCAUUAUCGUAUGUACUAUGGCUGAGGCGACCGAGAUCUUCAUAAAAGGGCCACCGACUAUACCCGUUCUUAUAGUCGGGACACCUAAUCCUCGGCCCCUGAGAAUCGACACCUUUCUGGCUUGGUUAACAUGCCGAGAUACAUUACAUGUGCAUGACUUCCACCGUCCAUCCGCAAAAGGCCGUGCUCCAAUUGCUCUACCUUCCAAAGACGCCAAGGCACUGUUAGAAGCGCGUGAUAAAGUAUCGGGUCCGGCCCUGAACUUUCUCAACCUCAGAGGGACGAAGGACGAUGCCGGGCCAGAGUGUAUCAAGAACAUGUACGACUACAAGUGCAUUGAACUCUCAUAUGCCGACAACGGGAAGAUUGAAGCGGAGGUUUCCGUCGGGGAUCUUGAUGACUCAACUCGGUUUCAGCUCCUGGCUUCAACUGGAGCUAUUCAUUUGCCCCAUAUUGAUAGACACGGGGUGUUCACGACUGUGCUGAACGAACAAGGGGAGAAAGUCUGGUUGAUCUGGCCGAAUCUGGGGUUCGAAGUGUUAAAGAACUGGGAUGAAGAGAACAAACUGCCGACUGCCCCUAUCGCCAUCCAUAUUGAAGAGGGCUCCUAUUUGAUCCAACCUCCGAGCACACUCCACGCCCCAGUGACUAUGAAGACCUGUCUGAUGACAGGCACUAUGCACUGGUACUCGGGCCACCUACUUGAUAUCACCCAGGCUACCUGUAUAAUAAACGAGGAUGAGAAGAUCACCAAUGAAGAUAUCUCGGAUCAGUUCAUCCCGAAAAUGGCAAAGCUCCUCAAGCUAUGGAGGGAGAACAAGGCGCCCUGCUCGUGGCCUCCGCUUGACCGAUACGCAGAGGCUAUGACUGCUCUUGAUAAUCUUCGAGAGGGGUGCAGUUGCAAGGCCAGAAACGUUCUCUGUGGAAGCACUUCGUCGUGCAAAUGCAGGAAGCUAGGUUUACCUUGCUUCUCCCAGUGCCAUGUUAACAGAAGGGAUUGUGAUAACCUGAUUUAG